UGUCAAAUACAAGAAGGACGAUUUCAAAACUUGAGAAAUUCGUAAAUAAUUGAUUUUAAAGUCUAAAAAUACCAAAAAACACCUAAUUAUGAUCAUGAUAUCAUUACAAUCGUGAUUUGUGAAGUGUUACAUAGCAACAGUAAUCUAAAAAGGUCAUGUGAAUUUGAAAAACUAAAGAAUUGAUUUAGUUUAAAAAAACAUUGUUUUUUUUCAUCAUGUCGAGGAAGAAAGGCAGAAGAAAUGUAUUACAAGGUUGGGGUCAGCUUCCAGUCUAAAGGGAAGACUGAAUAUUGAAAUUACUGCAGACAACAGCCUUCUGACUUCCGCUACCUAUUUAUAAGAUUUCACUCUCAACGAUUCAGCAAACGCAAGAAAACCAAUCCGUGAAGUUCGGAAAGUCAUGAAUCCCACCAUGGAACUAUCUUGGGCAGACAUCGGCGAAGACACAGAUGUACUAACCGAAGAAAUAGCAGAAGAUGGAACCAAGAAGUUCGUCUACAAGAAGAAAAAGAAACCAGAAGAAACACCCAUAGAUGACCGACCGGGUAUAGAGUACCCUGAAAUCUUAUUCUACUUAAUUUCAAAGUACAUUAAACCUGAAAGUAUAGGGGCUUUUGCAAGAAUUAAUAAGUCGGCGUACGCAGUGACAAGAAACAAGGCGUUUUGGAUGCUACAGUAUAAAAGAUAUUGUGAAAAAAGUCCGUACCUACCUGAGAAGUUGAGAAUGGAUAGUUACAAGACCUAUGGGCUCCGUCAAACAGUUAUAAGGGCCUUAUACCAUACUCAUGACCACUUCAUCCGUAAGAUCGUCCGUCAUGAUGUGAAACCACAUCAAUUGGUCAGCCGUGUUUGUGUGAAUGUCUGGUUUUGCAAGGGUUUAACUUACUGGAAUGUGUAUUUUAAACUGAAGAAGCCACAGUUGCAAUUGCCCAGUACGGACAAAGAUUUUAUUGAAGAGCUGGGACGGAUCGAUGCUAAUCCGGAAGAAGGGACUCAGGUUUUACUGGUAACCUGCAAGAGUUUCCACGAGGUACCACCACUAAUGGGGAUGACACUGUCUACAGUCAGCAUGGUACUUUCCCAAGGGUACCGUCACCAUAGACUCCACUUAGGAUUCAACAGUUCAAGGUACACGGUCAAAGGUAUAGUACCGGAGAGAGAAGUUAUUUUAGAUGCAGUUGUGGGGGCCCUGGUCUGUGACUGGUGGCACCCGCAGUACCCACACACUGGUAACUUUGUACCGAGGCAGGAGCCACCGUUGUUGAGAAAUAAUUUCUUUGAUGAUGAUAUUUCUUGAGUGGUGCAAGGAGUAUAGGGGAUUCAUUUUGUGGUUUUAAUGAUUGUUUAGUUUAAAAUAAUUGGAAUUAUAACUCUGUUAACUACAUAAAAGUAUUUUGAAAAAAUGGCGGGAUUCUACCAAUUUGCUAAGAAAAGUUGCCAUUUUGCGGACAUUUUAGAAAUGUUCGCAAAUAAUUUUUGGUACCUUUGUUUUCUCCAAAAAUUCUUACAAUAUUAUGUAAAAUAUAUAUACAAAAAAAACAUUUAAUUUUUAUAUUUCCUGCUACCAUUUUAAUUAUUCAUUAAGAUUAAAGCAAUUGAAUUAAAACUAUUGCAACCGACUUCAAAAAAGAAGGAAUUUCUCAUCACAGAUGUUGCUUACAUUUGGUUUCUUUUAUUCAAAUGUUAAUAUAUAAUAGUUCAAGGUACACGAUCAAAGGUAUAGUACCGGAGAGAGAAGUUAUUUUAGAUGCAGUUGUGGGGGCCCUGGUCUGUGACUGGUGGCACCCGCAGUACCCACACACUGGUAACUUUGUACCGAGGCAGGAGCCACCGUUGUUGAGAAAUAAUUUCUUUGAUGAUGAUAUUUCUUGAGUGGGUAUAAGGAAUUAGAGGAUUCAUUUUUUGGUUUUGUUGGUUAGGAUGUUUGAAAUAAUUGGGAUUAUGUAUGUCGUAUUUUAGUUCAAUUUUCGUAUUACGAGUUAUCUCCUAAAAAAAUACAUCUUCAAUGGCAAGAUUACAACAUCAAAAUUAUUACAAAAAUGUGUACACUACGGAGUUAGUCCACAGCUAGCAUGUGUUCACACGGUAGUUGCAGUUUCGCGGACAUUUUACAAAUGUUCGUACACAAUGUGUUACUGUUUGCUAGCUAGAGUACACUACGAGAUACAUUCGUGUCAGUCACAGUGCUGCACUCUUGUGGGAUAUUUUUACUGGUAGCAGGAAAUUCGUUUUUUUAUGUUUUACACAAGUUAAAAGACUUUAAAAAAGAAGGAAGUUACAUACAGAUGUAGCAUUUUUUGUUUAUUGUAUUCAGAUAAUUCCAAUUAUUUUGAACAAUCAAUCAUUUUUGGAUUUGGUAGUCUAUUUGAGCUUACUAUCCAGUAUGUAUGUAUAUUUUUCUGUCUGAAGGAUAUAAUAUCUAAAAGUCACUUGCUAUUGUAUGUACAUAAUAUACUUACAUAUUACUAAAGUACAGUUCCUGCCAAUUAACUUUGCAAUUUUGACUUUUUGUACAUUUGUAUAUUAUCGGGAAUCUUUGAUUUUCCGAAGUUGGCUACUAUUGAUUUUACAAUGGUUAAAAAAUAUGAACAAAACACUACUGCACAUGCUUGAGGCAAAUGGCUAACUUCAUAAUUGCAAAGUUAUUUGGAGCGAAUUGCAAAAUGUAUAAUAAUACUUUUGGUGUUCAAUAUAGAAAAAAUAAGCAUAAAUAUAAUUCAAUAUUUUUGUGAAUGUUAGCACAACUUAUUUCUCAUAGACAAUAGUUACACAAAAUCACGUAAAAGUCAGUUAUUCUGAAUGUGGUAGAAAUUGAUACUAAGACCUAUAAUUACACCAUUAUAUUAUAGUAUACUUGCCGACCAUUGGUCACAUCGACAAUUCGACUACUGAAAAUGGUUCCGUUAUCGUUCAAGUUAAAUGGUGUAACUCACCGUAAAUCACGUAAAAGUUAGUAAUUCUGAAUGUUGUAGGAAAACAAAAUACAUAAAUGUAAAAAAAAUAAGAUUUCUAAUGGUACAGUCGGAUUCAAAAGGGGCUAAACAAAUCUAAAUUUUCAAAACUGCCAAACAUUGUGUCAUCGAUAACUUAACAGAGUAUUCAUGUACUUUUUUUGAAGUUUAUAAUGUUAAGUACAUUUUGGCGUUUGUGUUUUUAAGAAUACCAAGGUAUAUUAGGUUGCCCGGGUAACUGGGUUGAGAAGGUCAGAUAAGCAGUCGCUCCUUGUGGCACACUGGUACUCAGCUGCAUCCGGUUAGACUGGAAGUCGACCCCAACAUAGUUGGGAAAAAGCUCGGGACAUGAUGAUGAACGUUGUUAGGCACAUUUGAUGAAUGUUGAUUUAUUCAGCUACUUUUGACGUUGAUCGUACAUAUUUUACUUAAUAUAAAUAUGUAGUAAUCUGGUCUGAUAUGAAGUAAACUAAGUCUGAUAAUAUAUAAUAUUCUCUCUAAGUAUGUAUAAAUUGAUGUAAAAAAUUCAGUCUGACUUGAAGUAAAAGUAAGAAUUUGGGGAUAAAAUAUAAUGUUCUGAUUUGAUCAGUCCUUGAUAGAAAGGCCUAAAAUUAUAGGGUGUUUUUUUUUUAAAGUUGGGUAAUAGCCUAGUCAAUGAAGACAUAAAAAUAGUGCCCGAAUAACAUUAAUUCGUACAUAUAUGAAUUUCGGUGGAGAUCUUAGGUUCACCAUUGUAAAUAAAAUAUUAAAAGUCCUCGUUGAUCCAGAGUGAGUUAUCAAGGUUUUAGAUUAUUAGUUUUUCGUUUUUUCGAAAAUGAUAAAUUUUAUCAAGUAUGUUGAAUACAUAAUUUGCAGAUUAUUUAUUAAAUUAUCCGUGAAAUAAGCAACAUUUUUCAUAUUCAUUUCAUAUUCGAAAGUUUCCACCAAAACUCAGAUCUGUGCCGGUGCGAUUAUUUUUUUAUUUCAAGUAUCUAAAUUGACUGGGCUAUAAAUUGAAUGGAUUUAAAUUAUUUAGAAAACGUAAGGUGUGUGUUUACAGGAGGUUUACAGAUAUUGUCAUAAAUAUAACUGUUUUAACACAUUUCUGUCCAUUUCAAAAGAAGCCUAUUCUUUUUAUGGCUAGUUUCACAAGUUACUGAUAAAGUCUCCGAUAGCAUAUCAGUGACAUAUCUGACAGUUACUCCUCUAUUAUUUUAUAUUUUUCGCAUAAUGUACAUUAUGGAAUGCAAUAAACGAUAUGAUAUACUUUAGUUUUGGUAACUUUGGUUUCACGGGUAGCAAUAUCUGGCAGAAAUUAUGAGCACCUUUAUCUGGCAGAUAGCAUUAACUAUCAGAUAACUAAUUGACACGUUAUCAGUAACCAUUGAAACUACCUUAAUGUAGAUACAGACAGCAACAAAACUAGAUUGUGUAUUCAAAUAUAUUUUUCUUAAAAUAACAUUUGAUCAAAAUAUGAGUAUUAUGUGUGUGUAGAAUUCAACAUUAAAUGUAUGUACUCACGAAUAUUUAAGAAGAUAGGGAGUGUAAAUACAUAUAAAUAGUUAUGAUACAUAUGUAUGGAAAUAGACAGAUUCAAGCUUUUUAUUUUUCAAAGAAAAUAACUAUAAAAAGUUACAAGUGAACUUGUAUUUUUUUUACCCGACUGCGCCAAGAACGAUUGUUUUUUUUAUAUUUUUUCGUGUCUAAUAUUGCUUCUGUUUUAUUUUAAGGUCAUUUAAAAUAACACACUGCAUACUAAACAGUCGACCGAUAGUUGCCAAAUGUUCUUUAAAGAAAUCUUGAUUCCAAUCAAAGUUUUCAGUCGGUCUGAUACUGGCUAAAUACCUGAUCUUUGUAAUGUGCGUACUACCAUUCAUCUUCAUACAGAUUUGUGAGCCCAAACAAACUAUCGGCCGACUAAAAGUUUGCAGUCUGUUGGUACUCAAAUCACAAGUUUUACAAAAACGUUUGUAAUUUUAGAAACGAUCCAAAAACAACUGAAUUAAUUAAUUUAUUGUCAAGCGUUAUGUGAUAUGAUCAUAAAUAUAUAUAUUUUACUGUUA